AUGGAGCUGAAACAUUUGUUGAAGAAGCUGGGCUCAGUAAUCCGUGCCAUCCUCACCUUCCUCUUCGCUCUGGUGGUCCUGGGUGUGAUGGUGUGGGCCUACGUCGACGGCUUCCAACUGGCGACCUCCCAGUAUGGAAUCAUCUCCUUUGGUUUUUAUGGACUGCUCCUCUCCCUCCACGUGUUUUUCCAGAGCGUCUUCGCCUUCAUUGAACACCGGCGAAUGAAAGCCCGCACAAACCCGUGCACCUUGACCAAGACCAUUGGCUUCACCAUAUCAGCCUAUCAGGAGGACCCCACCUAUCUCAGAGAGUGCCUCAACUCCAUCAGGGCUCUCAAGUAUCCCCCUGAGCUGCUGCGCAUCAUCAUGGUGGUGGACGGGAACUCAGAGGAUGACAGAUAUAUGAUGGACAUGUUCAGAGAGGUGUUCAAAGACCAAGAUCCUGGCUGUUAUGUGUGGAGGAAUAACUACCACACAUGGGACCCCACCCAGGCCCAGCAGGACGAGGAAAUGGCCGUGGGCUCAAUGUGGGAUCCAGAUUAUGUUGUCGGAGAGGAUCCACAGAGAAAAGAGGUAGAGCACCUGAUCCAGAGCAAGAGAUGUGUGUGCAUCAUGCAGAAAUGGGGCGGCAAGCGGGAUGUGAUGUACACGGCAUUCAAAGCACUUGGAUCCUCAGUUGACUAUAUACAGGUGUGUGACUCAGACACUAAGCUGGACUCUCUGGCCACUAUUGAGCUGUGUAAGGUGCUGGAGAGUAACCCCAAGUACGGUGCUGUGGGAGGAGACGUGAUGAUCCUCAACCUGAAAGAGUCCUACAUCAGCUUCAUGAGCAGCCUGAGGUACUGGAUGGCUUUCAACAUCGAAAGGUCCUGCCAGUCCUUCUUCAACUGUGUGUCCUGCAUCAGUGGGCCUCUGGGUCUGUACAGGAACGAUCUCCUCCAGCAGUUUCUGGAGUCUUGGUACAAUCAGAAGUUUUUGGGAACUCACUGCACAUUUGGUGACGACAGACAUCUCACAAACCGAAUGCUGAGCAUGGGCUACGCCACCAAAUACACGGCUCGCUCCAAGUGCUACACGGAGACACCUGCUCAGUUCCUGCGCUGGCUCAACCAGCAGACUCGCUGGACAAAAUCGUACUUCCGUGAGUGGCUGUACAACGCAAUGUGGUGGCACAAGCACCACCUCUGGAUGACCUACGAGUCCAUCAUCUCAGGUAUUUUCCCCUUCUUCGUGACCGCCACCAUCAUCCAGCUGUUUUGGAUCGGCACGCUGUGGGACAUCCUCUGGAUCCUGUGCUGCAUCCAGCUGAUUGGGCUGGUGAAAGCGGCAUAUGCCUGCAUCCUGCGCGGAGACAUGGUGAUGGUGUUCAUGUCCCUCUACUCGGCUCUGUACAUGACGAGCCUGCUGCCGGCAAAGUAUUUCGCCAUCAUCACCAUGAACAAGAGCAGCUGGGGUACAUCAGGCAGGCGAAAGAUGGUGGGGAACUACAUCCCCCUCCUCCCUCUGUCAGUGUGGGCAGCCAUCUUGUUAGGUGGGCUGGGUUACACAAUCUACAAGGAGAGUCACAUGGACUGGUUCGCUCCAGCUAAGAUUCAAGAGAUUCAGUUUUUAGUCUUUGGCACCGUGGCCUACAUAUGCUACUGGCUGCUUAUGAUAUUUCUCUAUUGGGCAUGGUUCCGCAGGUUAUGUAGAAAACGUGCUCAAAAAUACACGGUGAAUGUGUAA